AUGAUUAAAAGUUCCAAUUUGAAUAAUUUAAAUUCUGAUAUUAAUAAUAAUGAAUUAAUUGUAGCAAAGCAGCUUUUUCCUACUUUCUUAAAGGUAGAUGAAAAAACGAAAGAAAUUUAUAAAAAUUUUAAUGUAGAAGAAUAUAUAUCUGAAAUAACAAGAUAUAAAGUGAACACAGAUAUAAUAUAUGAAGAGCACAAUGAAAAUCCAACAGUAAAUGAAGAUAAAAAUAUAAAUGAAUUAGAUAACUUAGAGAAAAAUAUAAAUAAGGUAGGAAUAGAUAUCAAUUCUUACAAGGAGGAAUUGCAUUUUUUAAGGUGUAAUCCUUUACAUUUAAAUAGAUGGUAUAAAUUUUUAGAAUUGUAUGAAAGAGAAGAGAUAUAUGAACAAUUUUUGUUAAUUUUUCCAAGGUGUACCUUGUAUUGGAUAAAAUAUGCAGAAUUAAAAAUAAAAAAAAAAGAAUAUAAAAAUGCAUAUAAUAUUUAUCGUAAAUGUAUUGAUUCAAAUAUUUAUGAUUUGAAAUUAUUUUUAUCUUUUUUAUAUUUUGCAUAUCAUACUUCUUCAAUUCAUGAAUAUAUAAGUUUUUUAUUUGAGUCAUUAAGAUGUGUAGGAACAGAUAUUAAGUCAGGUAAUAUAUGGGUUGAAUUGCUCUAUAUAUUAAUAAAAAUUCAUAAUACUAACUUAUUAUUAAAUAACAAUAUACAAAAUUUAUUAUAUGAUCCAUUUAAAAAUAAUAAUAAUGGAAAUAGGACUGAAACCCCAUUAUUACCUUCUGAAAAAGAACAAUUAAUAUUUAAAUCGCCAAUUCCUAAUAGCAAUUCAAAAAUUAGUUAUAUUGAACAUUAUACAAGUGAUGGAAAAUUAAGAAAAUUUUAUCAAUGUUGGCUUAAUAAUGCAACCAAAUAUUUAGAUAAGGUAUGGAAAUGCUUUUGUUCUUUUGAAAAGAGCAACGAUAAUUUUACAAAUACUUAUUUAUCCACAUAUAAUACCCAAUACUUAAAUUCAAAAAAUGCAUAUAAAGAAUUAUCAAAUCUGUAUAGAGAAAUGAAUUUAGAUAAAAAAUUUAAAAUAAUCAUACCCAUUAAUAAAAAAUCGAAAAUUGAAAAUAACUUACUAUAUAUAAAAUGGAUAAAAAUUAUUAAUUUCGAAAAAUCCAAUCCUCUUAAAUUAAAAUUAUCUUUAGUAUGUAAAAGAAUUAUGUAUACAUAUGAACAAGCAUUGAUACAAUUACAAUUCAAUGCAGAUUUAUGGUUUUCAUAUUUUCAAUUUUUAUUAUUAAAUAAAAAAUUUAAUUAUGCUAUUAGAAUUAUGAGAGAAGCAAUUGAAAUAUAUUUACCAUUUGAUGAACUGUUAAAAUUAAAUUUUGCAUAUUUUUUGGAAAAAUAUUCUUUAAUAAAUCAAGCUCAUUAUAUUUAUCAAUUAAUGCUGAAUGAAGUUACAAAAAAAAAGAAGAAAUUUUCUUUAUCCUUUUUAUAUUCCAAAGAAAAAUUUAAAAAAUUACCAUAUUGUCAUUUAAAAAAGAAAAGAAAAGAAAGAAUAAAAGGAAAUGAAAAAAACAACGAGAAUGAAAAAGUAAAUGAGAAAAAAAAAGAAAAUGAAAAAAACAAUGAGAAUGAAAAAGUAAAUGAGAAAAAAAAAGGAAAUGAAAAAAAGAACGAGAAUGAAAAAGUAAAUGAGAAAAAAAAAGGAAGAAAGUUAGAACAAAAUGAAAAUGAUGAAGAAAAUAAAAAAGAAUUUAAAAAAAUAAAAAGAGAAAACAUAAAAAUAGAAGAAAAAGAAAAAAUGGAAGAAAAAAGCAAUAAUGAUAUUGAAAAUGGUGAUAAAAAUGAAAUGAAAUUUUUGAAUAAUCCUUCUGAAAAUUUAUCAGGUAUCAGUGAUGAUGAAAUAAGAAGAAAGUUUUAUCAAAGUGAUUAUGAAAAUUUAGAAGAAAGAAAAAAGUAUUUUAUAAAAUAUAUUAAUGUAAAUAAAAAAAAAAGGAGACAUUUUGUAUUUAUUCACUUCUUAAAUUUUAUUAAAAGAAAUUAUGAUGAAACUGUGUGGAGAUAUUAUGUAGGUAUAAUAAUGAAUCAAGAAAAAUGCUCAGAAGAAAUAUAUUAUUAUUGUGCAAACAUAGAAAGAAGGAUUUUAAAUAAUGAAAAAAGAGCUAUGUAUAUUAUGAGUGAAGGCUAUAAGAAAUUUUCAUCAAAAAAAAAAUAUCUUUUUUAUUAUAUAAAUUUUUUAUUAGAAAAAGGAAAUUUAAAUCAUAUAAGAACUUUAGUUUAUAAAUAUGUUCAUGAUUUUUAUACCAAAUUUUAUAAAGAAUAUGAAGUAAAUUAUUCAUUUGAUAAAAAAAACACAAAAUCGAAAAUUGGACAAAAUGAAUUUAAUUUAUUUGAAUCAAGUUAUUUAAAAUUAUUAAAAAGCAAAAAUAAAUCAUGCAAUAAAAUAUGGAAUUUGCUAAUACAACUAGAAAUAUUUUACGGUGAUAUAAGAAAUUUGAAUAAAAUUUUUGAAAUAAAAUUAAAAUAUGAUUCAGGUUAUAAUUUAGAAGAAAAUAAAAAUAUUUUAUUAGAUUUCACGAAUUUAUCAAAUAAUAAUGAAAAUAUGCUAUUAGAUGAUAAUAAUAUUACUAAUAUAUUAUGUAAAGGAUAUUUUGAAAACUUAAAAAAAAAUGAUAUUGAUAGCUUGCAAUUUAAAAUAAAAUUAAUUAAUUCGCAAUUAUUUGCUGGUGCAUCUUUAAAAAAAACAUUUUCUUUUUUUGAAAUUAAAAGCAUUAAUCCAUUUUCAUCUUUAACUUUUUGUAGUAGUAUGGGGAAAAAAAAAAAAAAAAGGGAAGAAAAAGAAGCAUCAAUAAUUCUGAAUGAACAAGUAAAUGAGGAAGAUUUAAAUGUAAGUAAUAUAAAUAAAAGUUUUGUGAAUGAAAAUAUUUCAAAAGAAGAUGAUCACUUUGAUAAUGACGUAGUUAAAAAUGAGAAUGACAAUAAUUACAGGAAACAAAAAGUGGGUAAAUUUAAAAAUAGAUUAAUUAGUUUAACAUAUGAUUCAUUCAAUUUUUAUGACUCCGAAAAUUACAUGAAAAAAAAGAAAGUAAGCAUUAAUGGUAAUAUUAAUAUAAAAAAAAGAAAAAAAGAAAAAAUAGAUGUAACUGAUUCCAUUAAUUAUAUUAUUAGACCUGAUUUAAAGACUAUGUCUAUAUAUAAACCUUUUGAAAGUUACAAAUAUUCAGAAAAAGAAAAAAAACAAAAAAAAAAUAAUGAAACAAGCAACCCUUUGAAUGACAUAGAUUAUUUUGAUGACUUAAAUAAAAAUAAUAAAUACAAUGAAAAAGAUAAAGAUGAUAAGAAGGAAUAUAUUUUAAAAAGAGAAUAUUUUAAUAUGCCUAAUCUAAUAAACGAUUUUUUAAGUUUAUUGCCACAAGAAAAUUCAUGCUUAAAAUUAUCGGAUAAUUCAAUUGAUUAUUUAGUUACAUCUUUACAAAAUUUAAAAAUACCAAAAUUAAAAAAAUUUCCUUACGAGCCAAUACCAAUAAAAGAAAUUAUUCAAAUUAAAAAUGAGUUAAAUAAUUAA